AUGCCCCGCCAUGACGGAGGCUCUGACAGCUGGUCCCACGGCGCUGUCCUGGGUGGUAAUGAUGGAUGGAUGGUGGUGCGGAGUCAAAGGGCGCCGGAGACGCUGCACCAGCAGUUUGAGAGCUACAAACAGGAAGUGCGGCGCAUCGGGGCGGACACCAGGAGGCAGCCCACGCAGCAGAAAGACGACGCUCCCACCUGCGGAAUCUGCCGGAAAACCAAGUUCGCCAACGGCUGCGGACACCUCUGCUCCUACUGCCAGACCAAGUUCUGCGCUCGCUGUGGCGGCCGUGUCUCGCUGCGCUCCAACAAUGAGGACAAAGUGGUUAUGUGGGUAUGCAACCUGUGUCGUAAGCAGCAGGAAAUCCUCACCAAGUCAGGAGAAUGGUUUUCGGGUUCGGGGGUGCAACCCGGGAGCCUGGGGGCCUUGAACGACCCGACCCUGGGAGGUGAUCUGCAGCGGGACAGGAAGCUGCUCCGCUCCAGGUCCCAAGCCCCGCCCCUCAACGCCAACACAGGGGCUCCGGACGGGACGCUACCCCACGGAGUCAUCACCGCCAAGGGGUCAGACAACAUGCCCGGAUCCCGCUCCCAAAGUGAACCACCCAGGGAAAAGUAA